AUGAAGUUGUCGUGCACCGCAAAAAUGUCACUGGGGAACUACGCUCAGCGGCACCACCGCAAGCACGGCAUCCUCUUCACAGCUGGGCCCCUGUCCACGUCGCAAACGGUGCGGGAGGCUCAGCUUGACGACUACGGCAGUCGUGACAAGGAUUUUCUCACCGCGGUAGCGGAGGUGCGGCGUGGCGUAUUGAAAAUUGCGAAAGCUCCCGAGACAGCAUGGACCUGUGUGCCGAUGCAGGGCAGUGGCACGAUGGGGGUGGAGGCGGCGAUUAAUACCAUCAUUCCUUCAAAUCAACCAGGCGCUUUUGUGGUUCUUUGCAAUGGGUCCUACUCUUACCGUAUGGCCUCCAUUGUGAAGAAGCGUGGCGCAGCCGAACUGGUCACGUUCGACACGGAAGAAGGUGUGGACAUGGAUCUUGAGGCGUUUACACGACGACUCUCUGGCAUCGCGUCUCCCAUCACGGCUGUUGGCAUUGUCCACUGUGAGACGAGUACCGGGAUGUUCAAUCCCAUUGCGGAGGUGAGCACCAUCGUGCGCCGUCAUCAUCCGGAGGCGACCAUUCUAAUCGAUGCGAUGAGUUCCUUUGGCGCGGUGGACUUUGCUGUGCCGGAUGUGUGCGACAUCCUGGUGACCUCGGCGAACAAGUGUAUUCAGGGCGUUCCAGGUUUUUCGCUAGUGGUGGCGCGUCGUGCCUUGCUGGAGCGCUGCCGCGGGUGGUCGACAAGCUUCACGCUUGACGUCUCGGCGCAGUGGGAGGGGCUGGAGCAGAGCGGGGGCCAAUUCAACCAGACACCCCCUGUGCAGGCCAUCGUUGCGUUCCGUCAGGCCUUACUGGAGCACGAGCAGGAGGGCGGGGUCACGGCACGGGCAAAGCGCUACAUGGAGAUGAAUCGCUACAUUGUGGACCGCAUGACGAGGGAGUACGGCUUUGAGCUUUUCCUCGACCCCGCAAAACCGUCGUACGGCUACGUCAUCACCGCCUUUCGUACCCCGCAGGUGCCCAACUGGAGCUUCAGCGAGUUUUAUGACAGACUUAAGGAUGAGGGCUUUGUGAUUUACCCUGGAAAGGCCUCUUUUGCCGACACCUUCCGUAUCGGCACACUUGGGGAUAUUCACAUGCCGGAUUGCGUGGCGCUCAUGGACACCGUGGGGUCUGUUUUAACGCGCAUGGGGGUGUCGCUCAAAGGCACGGCUUCGUGA